CUAAAGGCUAUACUGGGCACCGGCUUGCAUGGCGAUUAGCCGCGAUGGAUCAUCAAUACGCUAAUGACGAGUCCCGUGGCUUGAAACGGAAGAAAGGAACCACUUAUUGUUGUGUGCCACAGUGUUCACAAUACGCCUCGGAAGGAAUAAGCUUUCAUUUAUUCCCAAGAGAAAAAAACCAAAGGAAGAAAUGGGAGUCAGCCCUCCGAAUGGGCAAGCCAGCCUCGGAUACUAUGCGUGUUUGUUCGAAGCAUUUCAGCUCUAAAGACUUCUUUCCCAGCUCUAAUUCUACCCAGAGAAAGAAAUUGUUUCCUAAGGCAGUCCCAUCUCAAAAUCUGCCCCAACGAACUCAUGACAAAGGUGUGACUUCAGAUGAGGCUGAAAAACGUUCAGCCAGAGCAGGAAGAAUUGCUAAGAGGGAUGCUGCAUCUCUAAGGUGCCCAGUCAACACUGAGACUGAUAACGACACUAACGACACUCACACUGAUGAUGUAGAAUUUGAUGAAGAAAUCCCCUGUCUUCGAAGCAUUCUGGAUUGUGCUGUUCAAGCAAAUCUUGCUGACACAAGAAGUAUUCGUCCUUGCUGUGAAGGUGUUACUCUGGCUGACAUUCUAAGUGACUUAGAUACUGGAGAGAAGUGCACUCAAGUCAACUUUUUGCCAUUAUGGAAAGAUGAAGAUGACAGCAAAUCAGUUCCCUGCAUUACUUUACCACAACUUCUGUGUACCAAAGAGAAACUGUUUACCUUCACUGGUCUCCAUUCGCCUGAUAUGCUGGAGUGUUUAGCAAAAUGUGUGGCAGAUAUAGCUGUAGAUUCUCGAAGCAACAAGAAAAUAUUAUCUGUUAGAGAUAGAAUUAUUUUAACUAUGGUAAAAAUCAAGCAAAAUAUGGAUUUCACUGCUAUAGGUGUUCUAUUUGGUAUUAAUCGUCAAACAUGCUCUAAUUAUUUCAAGAAUAUGAGUCCGCUUCUUGCUAGAGUAUUGAAAGUAGUGAUACCGUGGCCGGACCAGAGCAUGAUAAGGUGUAACCUUCCCCUCUCUUUUGAUAAAUUUAGAAACACAAGAAUUAUACUUGAUUGUUGUGAAGUAACCAUUGAGAAAUGUAAAUGCUUAAAAUGCAGAGUGUUAACAUACUCCCAAUACAAGAAAAACCACACUGUCAAGUUUAACAUGGGAGUAGCACCUUCAGGACUCAUAAUUGAAACAAGCUCUGCUUUUGGUGGCCGAGCUUCAGACAAGCACAUUGUCGCUGAUUCAGAAAUAUUGAACAGGCUUGAUUAUGGAGAUGCUGUCAUGGUGGACAAGGGCUACCAAAUAGAGAAGGAAUGUCUUGAGAGAAAUUUGACUUUGUAUCGACCACCAUUCUUGACCCAAAAGAAACAACUAAGUCGAGAAGAAGCUUUGUCCUGUGCUGAGAUAGCUAGGGCAAGAGUGCAUGUCGAGAGAGUUUUCCAGCGGAUUCGAGAGUUUGAUUUCCUUCGUGGGCCAGUACCUUGGCCUCUGGCCCCCUACUUUGAAGAUGUCUUAACUGUUACUAUGGGUCUGACUAAUAUAGGCCCACCAGUUAUUAAUAUUGAUAAGUUUAUGUAAGUGUCUUCUCUUUUAAUAAGAGGGACAGUUUCAAUGUGUCAGACAUUUUAAUUGAAGUCAAGCUAAUUAAAAACGAGCUUAUAAAAAAAUUGUUUUCUUAAUGUCAGAAAUUAAAAAAAUUGUUGCACAUGCCCAACAUGAAUUCACAUACCUAAUCAUUAACAGUUUGAUUAGACAGGUGGUCUUUUACCAUCCUAGGUAAAAACUUAUCAAAGUAAACAUGGACAAGCCUUGAAAAGAGGUCUAACACAUGUUUUUCAUCAAAAGGAACUCUGACAUAAUGUGAAUCUUUUCCACUUUCUGAGUAGACAACAUAUUCACACAUAUCUACCCCUGUGACCAACAUACCUAUCUGCAUUUGGGCAUAAUGCUGGGUUUUCACCUUUACAUUUCCAUUCUCAUCUAAGGUUUUAAUACAAUUAUAUUCCACAAGCUCCUGUGCAUUGAGAUGUUGACCUUCUUUAAAUGUUUUAAUUUCUAUAGUGUUCAAAAACUUUCCUGUCUCAUCGAUUACAGUUCCAUCAACACUAGCCCCGAACCAGGGUAUUUCUGGUCUCACCAAAAGACCAGUCUCAAAAACUUUGCAUCUACGUUGCUCUUCAUAAAGGUCUCUUGCUAAAAUUUCACAACGAAGUCCUGCAACUGUGUAUUCAUUUCCCUUGAAUGUACUGUGGUACAACUCAUUGUAUCUUGCGUCCCAAUCAGCUUUCUUGUUGACAUAGUAGGUAUACUGGGCUCUAGCUUUGCUUGCACUGAUUCGAACACUGCGGUGCUUAUGCCAAGCUGCUGUGCCCUGGGGUGUGUUGGCAAGUUCGACACACU